AUGUCCGAGGAAGUAAACGACGCGCCCAAAGCUGUUCCCAGGUCAAUGGUCUAUGGCGUUGUCAUUAAUGGACUUGUCGCCUUAGGAUUCGCAAUUGGUCUUUCAUAUAGUAUGGGGAGCUUGGAUGCCGCUCUGGACACUCCAACCGGAUACCCAAUUAUUGAGAUCUUCUACGCGGUCACCAAAUCUAAUGCGGCCACCACUGGUCUCAUGAUGCUGCUCAUUCUGCCUGGCUUUGUGGCGCUGUUUAACGGCGUAGCAUCUGGGACCCGUCUGACGUGGGCCUUUGCUCGUGAUGAGGGAUUACCAUUCUCGAACUUUUUCUCUUAUACCUCGCCACACUAUAAGAUUACCCUGCGGGCACUCUUCUUGGUGUCUACAAUUACCGUGCUCCUCGCCCUGAUUAAUAUUGGCUCCACUACGGCCUUCAAUGCGCUAUUGUCUCUCACGACACUGGGCGAGUAUAUCUCCUACCUGAUCCCCAUCAUAUUUCUUCUGAUCAAGCGCAUCCGCGCUCCACACGAGAUUCCCUGGAGCUCGUUCCAGCUGGGCACAUGGGGAAUCCCAAUCAACAUAUUCUCCAUUGUUUAUGGCACCUACAUCACCAUCUUUUUGCCUU